UUUGUUAGAAAUUGUCAAAGAAUGGGAGAGGUUGAUGAACCACAAGACAUAGCUGACCGCGAACGAAUCUUCAAGCGUUUUGAUGAAAAUGGUGAUGGACAAAUCUCUGCAACAGAACUUGGAGAGACAUUGCAAGCCUUAGGUUCUGUUACUCCUGAAGAAGUUAAGUAUAUGAUGGAUGAAAUUGACACUGAUAAAGAUGGUUUCAUUUCCUUUCAAGAGUUCACAGAAUUUGCCAAAGCUAACAGAGGCUUGAUUAGAGAUGUUGCUAAAAUUUUCUAG